AGUCGUCACCCCCGGCGCCCCGGACGGGAAGGAGGCGGACGGCCGCCCUCCGCCGGCCGCGCACCCCUAGGAGCUCACGGGCAGGAACUUGGCUGUAUUGUCCUGUCUCAGAGAACAAACUCAUCUAUUGCAGGCCUAGCCUGUGUUGCUGCCUUUGAAAACAAGGAAAGGUCGGUAGAAUAUCAACCACAGCAUGGAAUUUCCAGAGAGGUCUUGUUUCAAAACUUCGUAAAGAAUGAACCACAUGGACCUCUGCGAAAGAGAUUGAACUGGCCUGAGUUUGAGGGAAGGGAUAAUGUGUGCCCAACCUGUAACUAACACCAAGGAAGCCAAGUGGCAGAAGGUCUUGUAUGAGCGACAGCCUUUCCCUGAUAACUACGUGGACCAGCGGUUCCUGGAAGAACUCCGGAAAAACAUCUAUGCUCGGAAAUACCAGUAUUGGGCUGUAGUAUUUGAGUCUAGCGUGGUAAUACAGCAGUUGUGCAGUGUCUGUGUUUUUGUGGUUAUCUGGUGGUACAUGGAUGAGGGUGUUCUGGCCCCCCAGUGGCUUUUUGGGACUGGCCUGGCUUCUUCACUGAUUGGGUAUGUUUUGUUUGAUCUUCUCGAUGGAGGUGAAGGACGGGAGAAGAGUGGGCGGACCCGGUGGGCUGACCUGAAGAGCGCUCUCGUCUUCAUUACUUUCACUUACGGCUUUUCGCCAGUGCUGAAGACCUUGACAGAGUCUGUCAGCACUGACACCAUCUAUGCCAUGUCAGCCUUCAUGCUGUUAGGCCACCUCAUCUUCUUCGACUAUGGUGCCAAUGCUGCCAUUGUGUCCAGCACACUGUCCUUGAACAUGGCCAUCUUUGCUUCUGUCUGCCUGGCCUCACGCCUUCCCCAGUCCCUGCAUGCCUUCAUCAUGGUGACCUUUGCCAUCCAGAUUUUUGCCCUGUGGCCCAUGUUACAGAAGAAACUGAAGGCAUGUACUCCCCGCAGCUAUGUGGGGGUCACUCUGCUGUUUGCGUUUUCAGCCUUGGGAGGCCUGCUGUCCAUUAGUGUUGUGGGAGCCAUACUCUUUGCCCUGCUGCUGAUUUCCAUCUCAUGUCUCUGUCCUUACUACCUCAUUCGCCUGCAGCUUUUUAAAGAAAACAUUCAUGGACCUUGGGAUGAAGCUGAAAUCAAAGAAGACUUGUCCAGAUUCCUCAGAUGAGUUAGGGACCUCCAUCACAUUAUUAAGGCAAACCAAUAGACUAGCCUCCUAAGUAGUAUAAAAUUUGAAGACAGAGUUCCAUUCUGGAAGCAGCAUGCUGGUGUGGGUGAGCGAACGGAAAUCAAAAGAAAAAGAUUUACCAAAUUCUUGGAUGGUGAAGGUGCUUAUCCUUUCUGUUAUUUUGUGGAUGAAAAAGCUCUCUGGGGCCCCCUUGAAUUAUUGCCUCUCAUUUAUUAUCUGCAGUAACAAAUGACGUAAUGUGGUUUCUAUUAAAAAAAUAAGAACACAUCCAUCAA